GAGAAUCUGUUCGCGAUGCUCCAAGACUUGAGACCAUCGGCGGUCGCGGCCUCGUCCUUGUCCUCCUCUUCCUCCUCCUCCUCCUCCUCCUCCUCCUCUUCCUCCUCCUCCGCGUCUAGAGAUCAGCGUAAUUCCGUCGGCGUCGAGUACCUGAGACGCGUUCCGGAUGGUCAGACGGUCGACGUGGACGAGGUCUGCGGUCCCACCGGUCCAAACUCUAGUCCCAAGUUGCGGCUCAAGUUGCACAGAUUGUGGGGCGCCAAGGCUACGCAGCGGCCCAUGGAAGAGAGCUGCGGCAGCCCCGUGGUGUCCGCGGACGUCGAAGAGAGGCACAGGAGGCGGGCGUUCGCCCAUUACGAUUGUCAAUCCCUUACCGCGAAUCUUGGCUACGCCGCCAAACUCAGAGGCAUUCUGCUCGCCAGGAGAAGAAACACCGCGACAGGUGCCUCGGCCGCCAGCUCCUUCCGAGCGUCCACCCCGGACGAGACACCCGAAGAGGAUUCUGGCGACGGAAAAGGUAACGAUCUGCUGGAAUCGUGCCCCUUCUUUCGAAACGAAAUCGGAGGCGAGGGAGAGCGAGAGGUGGGUCUGACGCGAUGCUCUCAAGGUAACGGAGUUCACAGACCGUCUUUGUCGUACGGUGUCGCGGUUUUGGAACCAGCGCUCGGCGAGACCUCCUGGAAGCAUACUUGUCCCCUACAAAGACGACCGCUGCCCAUCGAGAGCGUCGACGAGGGCGCCCAUUAUUACAGACGAUACUUUCUCGGUCGGGAGCAUCAGAACUGGUUCGGUAUGGACGAGCAGCUAGGCCCUGUCGCCAUCAGCAUUCGAAAGGAAGCGAAUCAGUAUAGAAUAAUCGUCCGUACCUCGGAGCUUUUAACGCUCCGCGGUUCGGUCCCGGAAGAAGCUCUCGGCGGUAUCAGGCCGCAGGGCAGACUACCGACCAGGGAAUUGUUGGAAUUGGUCGCGCCGGAAGUGCAACUCGGUUCCCUUCGAUUAGGCACAUCCACCGCCGAGGAAACUCUCGCUAGAUUGGACGAGCAGGGACUCUCGAGCAGGUACAAGGUCGGUGUCCUCUACUGUAGGUCCGGCCAGAGAACCGAGGAGGAGAUGUACAACAACCAACAUGCCGGACCAGCUUUUCUCGAGUUCCUCGACACUAUCGGCCAAAGAAUAAGACUGCGAGGAUUCGAGGGGUACAAGGCUGGUCUCGACACGAGAACAGACUCGACGGGUACUCACGCGGUCGCCGCGACGCAUCGAGGAGCGGAAGUGACCUUUCACGUGUCCACGAUGCUCCCCUUUACGCCGAAUAACAGGCAGCAGCUGCUCAGGAAAAGACACAUCGGAAACGACAUAGUCACCAUAGUUUUUCAGGAACCCGGUGCGUUGCCGUUUAGCCCGCGAAGGAUACGCUCGCAGUUUCAACACGUGUUCAUCGUUGUCAGGACCAUCGACCCGUGUUCCGAUAACACUCAAUACAGCGUGGCCGUGUCGAGAAGCAAAGAGGUGCCGAUUUUCGGCCCGCCCGUCCCCCCUGGUGCCACCUUUGCCAGGGGAAAAGCGUUCGCCGAUUUCAUCUUGGCGAAAGUGAUCAACGCGGAGAACGCGGCGCACAGGUCUGAGAAAUUCGCCACAAUGGCGACCCGAACGAGACAAGAGUACUUGAAGGAUCUUACCACCAACUAUUCCUCUACCACCGUUGUCGACACCGGUCAAAAAUUUUCUAUGCUGUCGUUCAGCAGCAAGAAGAAAACAGCGGUGCGACCGAGAUUGUCCUGUGACGCUUCGCAGCGCGGUGCGAUAUGCUGGCAGGUGAUACUGGAAGACAGCAAUCAGAACACCGACUGUUAUCUAGGAAUGAGCAUAGACACUGUAGUCCUGAUCGAGGAACAUUCCAGGCAGAUAGUGUUCGUUACGCCGUGUGUCAGCGUACUCGGAUGGCACGCUCAAACCAACAGCUUGAGACUCUACUACCAUCAGGGAGAAUGUAUUACGAUUCACGUGCGCGGUACCCCGGGAGCGCCAGCCACGGAACUUUCCUUGAAGAGGAACAGCCUGGGACAAUUGGGUUUUCACGUUCAACCGGACGGUGUGGUAACGCAGGUCGAGAGCAUGGGGCUCUCCUGGCAAGCGGGAUUAAGACAAGGGUCCAGGCUCGUUGAGAUUUGCAAAGUAGCCGUGUCCACGUUGAGUCACGAUCAAAUGGUCGACUUACUAAAAACCAGCGCUCAAGUCACCGUCACCGUGAUUCCACCCAACAACGACGCCAAUCCCAGGAGAGGCUGCACGCUGCAAAACUGCCAGUAUUUGUCGAGCAAUUACGAGGGGGAUUACGAGAACGUAACCAGUCCCGAUAACAACACGCCGUCUCAGCAGACAGCCAUGUCACACCAGAGGCGUUACGAGCGAUCCUUCAGUCCACCGAGAUCGAGCAACAGUUCCGGCUACGGGACAGGUUCCAGUUCGAGAUCGUUCAACGAUCCUCGCUUCCCUAUGGAAGGCACUAUGACCAGCAGCAGCAGUGGACACAGCAGCAACGACGAUCGCUGGUACGAGCUUCUGGAGCCGCAAGAUCAGGAUAACACCGGGCACCGUACCGGAGGCAGCACUUCUCCGCCGCCCCUUCCAGCCAGACAAUCCUACCAGAUGCUCGCUUCCAAGUCUUCUUCCCAGAAGAAGGACAAAGAGUCGCGUUACGCGAGUAGCAAACAAUUUUCGGAGAACUCGAAGCAUCACGGUCACGAUCAUUACGCGAAGGAGAGUAAUUACGUGUCGCCAAAGUCGAUGCAAGACAACGCGAGACACGAGAAUUACCAAAGGCAACUUGACAACGCUCAUCGAAGCCAGGAUCACGUUUCCUCCAGUUACGUGAAACUUCAGAAAGAAAAGUACGAGAUCAAGCAGGAGAACUUGUACGCGUCUCAGAGAGAGCUUCACAAGAACGAAGUGCAUUACGUGAAUCACCAAAAGUUGAGCACGUCAAAUUCGUUGCCCUUAGCGCAGAACGCGUCUUACAGUCUUCCAAAGUCCAGCAGCAACAACAAUCUCGGCAGAUGCAACGAGUACGAGCCGCACGAUGAGAAGAUGCCGGAUCGAACGUCCAACAAGUACGAACAGGAUGCGAGGGGGCACGAGAAGAGGACGACUACGACAACGACCACGACCACCACGAGCACCACGAUCAAUUACGAAUACCCGGAGGAGGUGUACGAGAGGCGGAACAGUAAAUACGAAAUGGACAUCGGCAAGUAUGAACAUGGCGAUAACGUGGAACAGAAUCGGGAAUCGAUCAGAUACGAGCUACCGCCGCACGAAUUUAAAGUCGGCGAAAAGGUAACCUGCUUGAAAACCAGCAUAACCGAGAGGCCUGUCCCUCACAAGAUAAACAUCGAGUAUCGUCAGACGAAAGAUUUCACCACGAGCCUUCCGCCGGAAGUGAGAAUCGCUGACGUAAAUUGUCCGGAAGUGGCGGCUACUCUUCCGAGCGAGGACGAACUGUCGAACGGGUCUGGAAGCGUAUCGCCACGACUGAGAAGAGCGAACAAACACCGUGGCGGAAAUCUAACCCCUUCCAGUGGCAGUUCGAGGAACCAGAGUCCCCGACCGAAAGCCGCAGUUCGAAAUUCUCACAGGAAUUCGGCGAAUUUAACCUCGAGCACGCUGCAGGAGGAUCUGAUGAAGCUGAUCAAUCCCGAUUACAUCGCCGACGACGAUCAAAUAACGAACAACAACCUGACCGGGAACUCGUUGAUCGCUAAUCAAAAUCCGAGCAAGAUCAACAACAAUAUGCUCGAGAUUCAGAAUAGGUGUAGAUCAAGGGAGAACCUCUGCGGUAACGGUGGGAACGCGUUGACCGUUCUACCAGGGAACGGACAAGAGAACGGGAACAACGGGUCCGAGGUGAUCCUCACCAUGGCUAGGCCGGCCACGGUCAUAUCGAACGCGAGCACCGCGUCGAGUCCAGCGCCGAGCGAAAAUAAAUUAUCCAAGGAAGAGAGAUUGUCGCUGCGCGUUACCAAACCUCCCCAUUCGAUUUCCAAAGCGUCGACCAACUUGCCGUCCAUCAAAGACGCGAAAAAUCAUAACGAUACGGACGUGGAUAGUUGGCAAAAUCACCACGUGGAUUCUAGAUCGAAGCAGCACGUUCAAGAGUGGUCCAACGACAGACUUAUCGAUGGAUGCAAUACCAUCGCAAAUUCCGUGUCGGACUUGCAGUCCCAUUUGUCCACGCUCGAACUGAGAGUAGCCAGGGAGACACGGCGAAGGCUUUCCCUGGAAGACGAGGUGCGCCGUUUAAGGGACGAGAACCGUCGUCUACAGGAUGAAAGUCACGCAGCUGCCCAACAACUUCGACGUUUCACCGAAUGGUUCUUUCAGGCGAUAGAUCACCAGUAAUCACCACCGUCCUAUUCUAUUCUUCCUCUUUGUUUGUUCUUGUUUUCUUCGGUCGUGCCAGACUUCCGAUCCG